AUGUCGUUCUCCAUACCCCAACGCUGCGCGCGGCAGCUGCUUCGAGCACCCGUCCAGCGCAGCUCCCUCCCUCUCUUUCUCACGCCUGCCUUCUCCCCCGCUCGCGCACAAUGCUUCUCGACCACAUCCCCGAUGCAGUCCCGAGUCGGGGCCAAUGCGAUCACCUUCCCCUCCGAAGUGUCCCUUUCGUUCGUCGAUCUCCCCAAGCCUAUGACUCGGACACGAGGAAAAGACAUCCCGACACAUGCGGCGAAGAUCACAGGGCCUCGCGGCGCGCUGAGUGUUGACCUCCCGACAUUUGUCAACAUCAAAUGGGAUGAAACGGGGCGAAAAGCUACGGUCUCUGUGCAGGACCCGGAAAUUCCUCACCAGCGUGCCAUGUGGGGGACAAUCCGCGCACUACUCCAAAACAAUGUCCUCGGUGUAUCUGAAGGCCACGUCUGUGUGCUGAGUCUGGUUGGUGUCGGUUACCGAGCCAGCAUCGAACCACAGGCGACUACGGUGGCUUCGACGUUCCCCGGACAACAAUUUGUUUCGCUCAAGGUGGGAUUUUCUCACCCCGUUGAACUCGGUAUCCCCGAAGGCAUCCAGGCUAGCACGCCCCAGCCUACCAAGAUCCUGUUGGAGAGCGCCAACAAAAAGCUGGUGACCGAGUUCGCGACCAAGAUCCGGGACUGGAGACGACCUGAGCCGUACAAAGGCAAGGGUAUCUUCUUGAACGGCGAGAAGAUCCAGCUGAAGGCGAAAAAGAUCAAAUAG